UCCUAGCCCCUCCGGCAGCGCGAGCCUGCGCGUGAUCGGCCCGCCCCGCGCCGCUGCUCUGCUGCGGGGGCCCCACGUGGGUAGGAAGCCGAGCCCGAGCCGCCGUCCCCGGGCCUCCUCGAUGCAUCUUUAGCCUGGUUGAGCCCGGCCCGGAGCAUGGCUGAGAAGGUGCACGGGAAGCUGGGGCAUGUUCUGGCCAACACAGCAGCAGCUAAACUCUUCUCCCUGAGCGGGCUGUUCGCUGUGUAUAAACCCAAAGGGCCCACUUCAGCUAACGUGCUCAACCAGCUGAAGGAGAAGCUGCUGGCAGAAGCUGGUAUACAAAAGUGUGCAAGAAAAAGGAAAAAACAGAUUUUGAAGAUUGGACAUGGUGGGACUCUAGAUAGUGCAGCUGCAGGAGUUCUGGUUGUUGGUAUUGGAAAAGGAACUAAAAUGCUGAGCAACAUUUUGGCAGGCUCCAAGAAGUACAUGGCCAUCGGGGAAUUGGGAAAAGCUACUGAUACAUUAGAUGCUACAGGAAAAGUAACUGAAGAAAAGCCUUAUGAUCAGAUAACAAAAGAAGAUCUUGAACGUGUGUUGAAAAAGUUUACGGGGGACAUAAUGCAAGUUCCUCCACUCUAUUCUGCUCUGAAAAGAGAUGGACAAAGGCUGUCGUCUCUGAUGAAGAAAGGAGAAGCAGUGGAAGCAAAGCCUGCUAGGCCGGUUACAGUAUACAGCCUCUCUCUCCAAAACUUCCAGCCACCGCUGUUCACACUGGAUGUUGAAUGUGGAGGUGGCUUUUAUGUGAGAAGCCUGGUCAGUGACAUCGGAAAAGACCUUCAUUCAGAUUCUGAUCUCCUUUACUCUGAAGUAAACCUGUUGAACUUGUUCCAGAUUUACAUUGAUAACUCUCUUCCUGUGCCAAUGUGCAAGAGCUGACCCGGACCAAACAAGGACCAUUUACACUAGAGGAGCAUGCACUUCAUGAAGACAAAUGGACAAUUGAUGAAAUUGCACAGUCCUUGGAGCAUUGCAUGUCUCUUCUUGCAGUAGAACCAUCUCUUAAAAAAUUAAAGACUGAGCAUUCUGAAGAAUCCACUGUGAAUUGUGAAGAUAAGUGAUGUCAGGUCAAGGAAAAAGACUGAAUGAUUGAGGCAUCUUAAGAUUGGAAUGGGAUUGUCUUGCCUUGCUGUGUAAAUUUACAACCUUGUGCAUUGAGGAUGACAAAUUGCAAGGCAAAGAAAAUCAUCCCUUUCUAUCUUUUUCUUGUGCUAAGAUACAUGCGCACACAAACAGUGUCCAGCAUUUAUUAUUUCCUCACUUAUAUUCUGCACUGCACACUGUAAAUGGAUCUGUCACUAAUGUAGACUCUGCAUUGUACUCUUGAAAGACCUUGCAAGAUACAUUUUUGAUACUACAUUUGCAAUAAAAAUUUUAAGUUUAAAUUUUGCAAAAUGUUCCUGGAAGGAGAAAUAUUUCAUUUUCUUUCUGUAACUGUUAUCAAAUUCACAUACUGGAAAAUGGAAACAGAAUUCCAUGCCAGUUUGAAAGAUGAAAAAUGUGAAAUGGCACUUUUACUUUGAGUUCUUAAGAGAUUUCUUGAAAUGAUCCCACUGUAGUCCUUAUAUGGAUUGGCCUGUCAGUGGAAUUUCACUGAGGACCUGGUCAGCAUUGCUUUGAAUGAGUUGUAAUAUAAUAUGAUGAAAAUUUCAGUUUAGCUGAACUGCUUAUGCAAAUAAACAGUAAGGAACACAA